GACAUUAUAAACUUUAAUGACAUUUAUUGACUUUAUUUUAAGCACAAUGGGCAUUACAAUUAAAAACCGUAUAAUCAAUUAAUUCUUAUUGUUUUGUAAACAAGUUCAUUAGUUAAACAGUGUUUUCCGAAUACCUUACUAACUUUAAUUCAAAUGUAGUAGUGAAAAUAACAAUAUAGUAUAUAAAACUACUUGCAGGAUAUAUUCAUAUUUUGAUAAUUUAUAGGAAAAUAUUACUUAAUAGGAAUAUAGAAAAAUAAUAAUUACAGUAUAACCUUCCUAGCUUCAAAGUUCAAAGGACAAGCUAUGGUUUGGCGAAAUGAAAAUGUUACAUAUUGUUGGUGAGUGAGCUGUAAUAAAAGUGUCUAGUAAAUUGAAGAGUUGGGAAAGAGAUGUCAACUUAAUACACAUCCACAUCAUAUCCAGAUAUUUUGUUUCUAUGAAAAAAGAAAAAGAGGUACAGAAAAAUACAAGUAUGUGGAACAAGUUCGGGUCUAAUUUGCAGAUUCUUCCCAUUGUUAUCGCGGUUUUGAUGGUAGGAGGUAUCUCUGUAACAUUUUAUCUGGCCUAUAUCCAUUUUAAACACGUGACAUACCUCCUGCCUUAUAUCAGCGAUACAGGAACCAUUCCACCAGAAAGCUGCAUUUUUGGAUUUGUUCUAAAUAUUUUAUCAUUUUUACUUGGUGUAGCUGUUUAUAUUAAGUAUCUCCACGUAGAGGAAAUAUGUAAAAAGCAUCACAUAAGCAAAAAUUGUAGUUAUAACAAAGUAGCUAUUUUUGUGGGUGGGCUUACCGUUCUAGGUAUCAAUCUAGUUGCUAACUUUCAAGAAACGAAUGCUCCCGUUGUUCACUGGUCUGGGGCAAUUCUGUGUUUCGUAGCCGGAUCCUUGUAUCUAAGCGCACAAACUUACAUAUACAUAAAAAUAUCACCGGUGUUGGGCCAGAGAAAAACAACCAUGUUUAGGAUAUUUCUCUCAAUUGUGGCUGUUUCGACAUCUGUCAUCUGCGUCGGCACAGGCCUGAAGGCUCUUUCCGAGUUCACAGGUGAGGACGUCACAAAAUGGCAAGCUGACGAUGGAGGGGCAAAGCUGCACCAGAUCAGCACCAAUUCGGAGUGGAUCUGUGCCACGGCACUGUUAAUAUACAUUUUGUUAUUUUAUAAGGAGUUUAAAGACAUUGUGUGGGAAGGGCCUAAAAUAAUCUUAGUCGAACGUAUAACGGCACUCGGUAGUCCUAAUAUAACGGCAGGAAGUAGUCCUAAAUUACCGUAAAAUAUACCAAAAA